AUGCACGUUGUUGCACAACCACUGACAGUUUUCCUGUCCUACAGCUUUACCGAUUCGAAGCCUCGUCCACCGACUUCUCAACAAACUCCUACAUCCGCCGUCUUCCCUAGUCCCAUCUUCGAGACCCCAAAGCCCGGGCAAGGUUCCGUCACCGACGCCGGGGGCUGGACGCCGCGCUUCGCCGAGGACUACUCUGUCUUCAACAAGACCCCAGGGAACCUUCGGGGAAACCAGGUUCCCUUCGUCGACCUUGGUCCCGCCACGCCCGCCAGCCGCCACAAGAGGCUGCUGUCCGCCGAGACAUUUGCCGCCGAGAUUGCAACCCAUGUGAAUCACUUCUCUUCUAAUCCCAAUCUGCCACUGCCGCCGGUCGAUCCAUCCCGCCGCCUGGCCUCAUCGCCGAAUUCAGUAACCGUUCCUCAAGAAUAUAUAGCCGAUUCGACUCCCUUGCCCAGCCCUGAUCCGUCCAAGCAGUCAAAGUCAUCCAAGAAAGCCAGAAAGGCCGACCUCAGCGGUGCAGAGCCUACGCAGACGGCGACACCUCCGCCCACUGGACGUAGGGGAGAGCGGAAGCUCACUGACAAGCUCACGAUGCAAAAUGAUCAGAGCUUCGGUCAGCCUGACUUCACCGGCGCCUCUCAGCAGCAACAUGAUAUUGCCGCUUUGAUGGCCGCCUCUGGUGACAUGUUUGGAUAUCCCAUGCCAACGCCUGGCACCGCCGGCUUCUGGGACCCUUCAAUGGGCAUGGACUUUGACUUUAGUGCUUCUCCGUCUAAUGUCUUCCAGACAACCCCCGUUCAGGGACACCGCCAUACAGGAUCUUUUGACUGGAAUAACGACAUACCGCUAUUCCAGGAUCCAGCUGCAUCUUUCGCUUCGAACCCAGAGCCCAUUCAGUCAGCUCGACGUGACCGCACUAUCGCCCCGAAACCACUCGGGUCAACGGCAGCAACGACGGCGGCAAGUGCUGCCAUGUCUGCAGCCCUGUCCGCACCAAUAGACGAUCCCUUUGGAAUGUCUCAGCAAGCGAAUGGAGUGAAUCCUGGACUGCUCUUUGGGUCUACGCAGAACCCCAUGUUGGAUAGCGCUGCUCUUAUCCCUGUGACACAAGCUGGCUCGGCUGAAGCUACCAUCUUCCAGUCGAGGUCGAGAACACCUCUGGGAGAGGAUCUUCGACGAUCAGCCAGUGUGAAGGAACUCAGAGCCACCAAGGCUCCCGAUCGUGCACUUGCUCCUUCUCCCGUCAAGUCUAACUCCCGCCCAGGGAUGGGUCGAAGCGUCAGCGAGAACCGAGGCAAGAGAAAUCAACCUCAGACCCAGAACCGACCAGUCCUGCCCAAGCUGGCACCCGCAGUUCGACCAGUUUCACAGGCCAGCAAUGGAUCGAACAGUGACAAUGGACGACCCAUAGCAAGGCCGACCGGAAGGCUGUCUCCCAUGAAGAGUCAGCAUCGUCUAUCGAGUCUGGCCUCUAUACCCGAGGCACCACUGCAGCCGCCGCGAACUCGAACCUCUGUCCGGUUCACGAUCGACUCGAGAGGCAGAGCCCGUGCUGAAACAACCGUCGUACACAAUGAAUGUGACUGGGAUGGAAGCUUCAGCCACCGAAGGACGUCCCGAGAUAGGAGUCGAACAGGCGAAUUGGGAUUCUCCGACGAUGAAGACUCAUCUUCUGACGACGAGCCCAUUAUCAUCCCUAGCAGGACCAGUUCAUUCAACGCCUCGUUUGCUCUACCGGAUCCCCUGAAGCCUGUUGGCUCCAUCUUCCACUCCUCCAGACGCAGUGUCAGCGAUAGGAGCACCAGUAGUAUCGGUGCUCACGAUGGUAUGGGAGGGUCGCAACACGAUGGAGAGAGCGAAACUGAGACUUUCAUGCAUGAGCGCCGCGACAAGGUCGGAGAUGCCACGAGCGAGCUGCGCAAGGUCAUGGAGGACCGCAAGAAGCGGUCAAAUCAGAUGGGUGGAGCGGGACAGCACCGGUACUUACAAACCAACAACUUGGGCCCCUUCCGGGGCGAUACCAUCUCGCCGUCGACCCUCACCGACUCCAGCCUCAUGACAGACAGACAGGAUAUCCGGUGUGUCUGUAGCAGAAAGGGGGCUGACGGGGGAGACGGCUUUAUGAUUCAGUGGUGA